ACGAAACUGAUGAUUCGUUGUUUGUUAUUUUUGAUUUCAUACCAAGAAUCGCUUUCGUUUUACUGGACAGCAUCAUUUAUAUACAUUUGUAUGUGCUGAUAAUCUGCGAUAGCAAAAAGUCUGACAUUUUCAUGCAUCUGCAUUUGACGCAGUUUUGACGGAACAGUCACAAAGAAAGUGGUGACAAAGCAACUUUCGGUUGCAGUGCGAUGUUAAAUACAGUGGGUGUGGACAGCUCGGCAGGAAAGGGACACAGAAACCAGACUGUAAGCUUGAGAAUUGUAGCAGACGGGACGUUUUGGGUGAGUGCUGUUGCUUUCGUACAAAGCUCGUUUUUCCUGUACAUCAACACAUAUCAGCUUGAAGAGGAAGAGAAGUUAUGUAUGAGAGUCUGAUCCAGGAUUUGUCUGAAAGAAAUGUGUGCUAAGAGCUUCAGAGGAACAUUGCAGGUGAAUUGGAUCGAACAGGCAUAACGCAAACCUCCAGAUGAGCUUUUUUCUGAGUAGAAACCUCUCUCUCUAAGGAUCCUGCAUGAUUGAAGCGAUGUUUUGAGUUUGUUUCCAUCAUGCCUGCUGAAGAUGUUGGUCCAGGUCGGGGUGAAAGGAGAAGGUUGCCAUGGCUGUUUCUGGUGCUGGUCAUCGCUGCGGUCACCUCCUCUUCCCUGUCUGUGAUCUCCUUGUACCAUGUACUUGCCCUGCAAGCUGAAGUGGAGGGUUUGAGAGCCGAGGUGGUCCGCAAGAGAGAGGAGCAAAGCGGGACACUGGAUGAACACAUGCAGGGGGCAGAAAAACAAACCCAUCAGCAGGAAGAAGAAGAGCACAAAGAGAGAAUUGAGUAUCUGCAGCAGACGGAGACGGAUGAUUCCAUAACGGACCAUAAUGUCCUGUCAAAAAGGAGCGUGGGUCAUACUUCAAACAAAGCAGAACCCCAGCCCUGCUUACAGAUGAUGGCAGACAACAAGAAAACUACUUUCCAGAAAGAGUUUGCUUUGGAUUUAUGCACAGCUAUCCCAUGGCAAGUCGGACUGAAGCGUGGCUCGGCUCUGGAGGAAGACCAGGGCACCAUUUUAGUCAAAAAGGAGGGAUUCUUCUUUAUCUAUAGUCAGCUCUCCUUUUCCCAGGUUUACUACACAGACUCUACGUUCGCUAUGGGCCACAUCGUGAUUCGUAUAAAGAAGAACGUGGUAGGAGACGAGAGUCAGCACGUCGUUCUGUUCCGCUGUAUUCAGAGCAUGAAUCGAGUCAAUCACUUCAACACGUGCUACACUGGAGGUGUAGUGAAGCUGGAUUCUGGGGACAGACUGGAGCUCCUGAUACCUCGUACUCAUGCAAAUAUCUCUCUGGAAGGGGACUCCACCUUCUUAGGAGCAAUAAAACUGACUGUCAUUGUGGUAAAACUCAUCCCUCCUGCUAUUCAGCUGAUCCCUGUGCACUAUAUCAUGAGGAAAGGAAGCCUUCAAGGAAAACUCCCUGUGAACGGCAUAUCUCCAAUUUUCAACCCUUCACACAUUCCCUGCUACUGCUCUUUUAUCCUGGAUUUACAAAUCCCAGCACCAUCCCAGAAAAUUCUUGAACCCCAGCCCUGCUUACAGAUGAUGGCAGACAACAAGAAAACUACUUUCCAGAAAGAGUUUGCUUUGGAUUUAUGCACAGCUAUCCCAUGGCAAGUCGGACUGAAGCGUGGCUCGGCUCUGGAGGAAGACCAGGGCACCAUUUUAGUCAAAAAGGAGGGAUUCUUCUUUAUCUAUAGUCAGGUUUACUACACAGACUCUACGUUCGCUAUGGGCCACAUCGUGAUUCGUAUAAAGAAGAACGUGGUAGGAGACGAGAGUCAGCACGUCGUUCUGUUCCGCUGUAUUCAGAGCAUGAAUCGAGUCAAUCACUUCAACACGUGCUACACUGGAGGUGUAGUGAAGCUGGAUUCUGGGGACAGACUGGAGCUCCUGAUACCUCGUACUCAUGCAAAUAUCUCUCUGGAAGGGGACUCCACCUUCUUAGGAGCAAUAAAACUGGCCUGACAAUGGAACAAGGCUUUGGAUGAGACACUGAAUGAGACUGGAUAUGCAAUUAUAAUUAUUCAUAAGGAUCAUUUUUGACAUUCACUGGACUUCAUGAACACAAGUGCAGCUUUAUGCUGUGGAAUAUUCUUGAGAAUUGAACUACUUUGUAUCUUUGCACUUGCUUUGGUUCACACCUCAGUGGCAUUUUUAAUAAGUUCUCCUAUGUCGCAAUCCAUGAUUCAUCAGUCUUCAUAAUGUUUUUUUUCUUUUUCAAACUAUAGUAACAUGUAAUGCUUCAGAAAUGAAUUUUAUCGCAAAUGUCAAACCCACGUUGUUUUUCUCAUCUAUAGCCAUUCAGUUGUAUAACAACCAUUUUUCACAAUUUAAUCAGUUCCUGGUGGAUAAAAUCAAGUUAGGCUCAGCAUUUUUAUUUAAAACAUUUUUGUGUUAUAAUACACCAUUUUUUGUUGGUUUGUGAACAUGCACCCACACACACCUGUUGAAUAUUUUAUUAUUCAGAACAUCUGUUUCAGAAUAACACCACAGCAUUGGGUUUUAACAAUGUACUUUGACCAAUAUAACGUGAACAUUUGCUUUCAUACAUCAUGUUUAAAGUUUCCACUUAACAUUCAUUAUUUUACCAGCAGAUGGAGACAGUAUCACACUGUGGAAGAGCAUUGGAAAGUACUUGCUUUGUGUUGAGUGCUUCACACAACUUCCACGCAGACAACACUUUCUGUUGGUUGAUAGAAGUAGUAUAUACUUCUGAUGUAUAAAUGUGUCAGUUUUUGCUUAUCGUGUCCAUUUACUGUAGAAGCCACAAAAACCUAUUCUUAAAUGUCAUAGGAAAGGAAGUUAUUUCUAUCUUUGUUCUAUUUAUGUUUUUGUCUGUCCAUUGAUACGUCUGUCUG